AUGACUUUAAGGAGAGCAGAAAACAGUAGUGAUAUAGAAAUGUUAGACCUCAGUGCUCCGUCAGCGGACCGCAGUGCUUCAAUAGAGGGACACAGUGCUCCGUCAGAGGACCUCGGUGCUCCGUCAGAAGACCUCGGUGCUCCGUCAGAAGACCUCGGUGCUCCGUCAGAGGACCUCGGAGCUCCGUCAGAGGACCUCGGAGCUCAGUCAGAGACAUCUAUUUACGAUCACGAGUAUAUAGCAGGUUUCCAUUACAAAAUGGCUUUUGAUAAAUCAUUUAUGAACAUAGCUACCAACACCACAAAUUUAACAAUGAUUGCCAAAGGUGUAUCAACUUCAAAAUACUACGGAAGGCGGAGCAGGUCUACACAAACCCACAGUGUAAUUCAAACAAGUGAUGUAUCCACCAAUAUAAUUGGUUUGAAUCCAACAAAGGAUGUCUGGACUUGGACUGGUCCUACAGAAGAAUUUGCAGGAUCCAUUGACAAUUCACCAAACGCUGCAAUUGUACAGCAAACAGAUACUAUAAAAAAGGUUUGCACUAUGCCAGGUGCAAUGCCAAUGGAGACAGAACUACUGUUAUCCCCAAAUUCACAACAGUCCGUUCCUGUAGAAAACAUAGAUACGCCAUUCUCAAACAUUUCUUCAAUUACAAGAGUAUCGGAAAUGGAUGCAACUCUGAAUGUUUCAGAAUUCAAUGAUCCGAUUUACAGUCCCGAAGAAGAAACAACCGAUAUUGGCGAUCUAACAUUUUUAACAGAGCCCUCUCCUGAGGAUUAUGUUUCAGAAAAGAAGUUUAUUGUGUUUGAAACUUCUCUCGAUUUAUUGAUCAAAAAGGUUCAAACAUGUACUUUUCACGAACCAUGUAACGCUCCAAUAACAAACACUGAAAAAAUUAUAUCAGGCACUCUGUUAAAAGUAUACACUGUCUGUGAAUCAAAUCAUCGUUGCGAAUUUUGCUAA